GUUUGUGCACAUAGUUUGAUGACGUUGUCUUCGUCACGUGAUACGCAAUCCUCUGCAGUUUUCACAGGAAGAGUGAUCUACACAAAUGAUAUGCGAUCGAUGCUUGUUUGAGGAGUGAAUCACUGAAGAGAUAUAUACUGGUUUGGAUACAUAGAAGACAGGGAAGAUACAAUGUCUGCCUUCGAGAAAGAAAGCCUACACAGUGUGCCACUCUCAAGUGAUAGUGAAUCAGGUGAUGGUGCAAUUAUUGAUAGCAACAAGAGGGACUACCAUUCAAGUGGCUUGUCAUCAAACAGUCUUGAUCCAGACAUAAAUCCAGAUGAGGAAGAGGAGAAACAACGUCUUAUUACACAGGUGCUGGAAUUACAGAAUACUCUUGACGAUCUGUCAUGCAGAGUAGACUCAGUAAAGGAGGAGAACAUGAAACUCAAGUCAGAGAACCAGGUGCUGGGCCAGUACAUAGAGAACUUGAUGGCUGCCAGCAGUGUGUUCCAGUCAACAUCUCCUAAGUCGAAGAAGAAGUAGAAUCAAAACUGGUGUGUUCAUGGUCAGGCUAAGGGUCCUUUUAAACUGUAUUUAUCUAACUUACAUCAUUAUAACUCUUUCCUAAAUUAUGUGUCAGAUAAAUGGAAUAGGUCAAAUCCCUUAUAGUGGUCAAAUAUUGGAAGUGAUUUAUGGUAAAAAUGAGAUUUUUCAGUUUUUUGUACCUAUUUUGCCUGCUCUUGAUUGUGUUGUUCACUGAAUGUGUUGAUAUCAGUGCUUCUGAGAAUUUCAUUUGAUCAGUGAAAUGGAAUCAUUUCUGUAGCAGAUCUUUUCUGAAAUUUAGCAAGGACUUUCAAGGCUGACUGAAUCUGACAAGGAUAACAUGAAAGAAUCGUAUGUAUCCUUAAAGAAUAAACUCUAUGUGCAAUAGCAAGGGCAUGAUCGUGGUGAAAAACCGAAACAUUUUUCUUUUCAAGUGGAUCAUUACACAAAUCCAAAAGAGUAGGUUUUUUAUGUACAGACACAGAUGUGUCUGUACACAGAUGUGUCUGUACAUAUUGCCAUCACCUGAGUCUGUCGUCGCCGUCGCCAUCACAGUGCACUCUCAGCAUAAACACGAUAAGUGGAAGACAGUUUUACUUUUGGGCUUAAUAUUUACAGAGCUGAUGGAUAUUCAUAAAAGGCAGG